UUGCGAACAUGGUAUUUGCAAUUGAUUAAACUGGAGCUAUUCUGCAGUUGGUUCGUGUCCAUCAGUUCCGUACGAUCUUCAAGCUAGCAUUUCAUAAAUUUCCAAUUAUGCGAGAUUUUUUGGCAUUCCGCUAUAGCUGCGUGGCAGCAAUUUUCGUAAUUCAUUUUACCAGAUCUUCCUGUCAAUACAUUAACGAGAACAAAACAUCAAUCGUCUCAGGAAUAUUUAUGGAAAAGUUAAGAGAUCCGUUGUUUUACGACUCCAUUGUCCCAAUGUGGUUCAAAUUUAGAUUGCCAAGAUGGAAUGAAACUGACUUGAUACUGAAUGAAACAAAAUGCAACAACUCGGAUUGGUUCAGAGGGAGCAGUUGUCCAACAACCUUUUAUUUGCCCGAAGUUCAAAGAAGAUUUUCGUCAUAUGCUUUAAAUUCACAACCAUCCCAAAUGCAAUCUAUCUUCUCCACAUCAUCUUUACCAAUUGAUUCCAAGUUUAAAUGCGGAGAAAUUGAGGAUCAUUUCCAAAACGGACAAGUUGAUGAGCAGACAUUUCAAAAUUACUUUUCCACCCUUCAAAAUUGUUCAGCCUUAAAAGAGACAAACUUUCUGAGGACCAUUAAUGACUACACGUAUGACAUAAAAAACGUUUAUUUAAAUAUGUGGAGUGGAUUCCGAAAAGAAGUUUGGGCUAAACUCCCUGCUGAUCGAAUUGACGGUGGAUUGUGGUCGAAUCACUUGAACGCUCUCAAUGCUCUCAUCUACUUAAAUUAUCAAAUGGAAAUAAAUCGCUGGAAAUUCGCUGUGGAAGAAUGUGCAAAAGGCCACAUUCCAACUAUUCUACACGCCAAUGAAUUUCAGGAUAUGUUGCAAGAUGUCCACACAGCUUUAGAAAGCAGCACGUUCAAACCCGCAAUACCACUGGGGAAGGGUAUCUCCUAUUAUAACAUAAAAUUGACUAGCUGUAUGUUUACUGAGACAGAUUAUGCGGUUCGAAUCUUGCUUCCAGUGUCUGUCAGAGUCCAGAGAAAUCUUAGCCUGAUGGAUAUCAAGAGUGGAACCUUUUCCUUAAAUGGCAGCCAAACUUGUCACUAUUCGGAACUUAUGUCUUCAAGGAACUCACCAGUCCUAGUUGACCACGAUAACAGAAUUGCGUACAAUACUGACUGCGAGACUGGAAGACUGUGUCAUAUUGAAUCUCAAUUUUCUACCGAAAACAUAAAUAUCUGUGCGUCUGCGGUUUUGCGUGAUGAAUUAUCGGCAGCAGAAUUUACAGCGUCGUGUCCUUUAACUUGUCGGAAAACUGCAUCAUUCUUAAAUACAAAUACGAUUGUUACAAACUUAGGAAAUGACAAGUUUCUUAUUAGUGGAGAAGCAACGCCCAGUGGAUCAGACUUUGUAAUUAUUAAAUGUUUGGGGAAAUCAGAGAUAUUCCUGGAACCAGUACCUCUGGGAUCUCUCUUGGCAGAGAUUCCCUGCGAUUGUACGAUUCAUUCUAACGACUUAGGACACGCAGGGAUAGCAUCUUCACCUUGCUUAUCUGAAGACGAGUUAUCGUCCAAUACUACAAAUACGCAAUCAAUUUUGAUAACCCAUGUGAUGCCACUUCAUUGGAUAAAUCCAGAAAUGAUUCAAAAUGUGACAUUAUCCGAUGUAAAUGAAAUUAUACAACUUAACUACGGCGAUAAUAACUAUUUUAGUUGGUUAUUUUAUACAAAAAUUGCUGUUCCUGAAUUUAACGAAGAUAUCGGUACUUCAGAUUUUAAGAAUUCCAAAGAGAAGGAAGAAACACCAAUAAUUUCCUUCAGUUUACUCUGCAUAAUAUUUUCCUUUUGUGCUCUAGUACCAACAGCACUAACACUUAUGUUUGGUUACGAAUUGAGAAAGUUGUCCGGAAAAAUUAAUUUAUUACUACAAUCAUCAUCAUCAUGUCCUAAUAUACCAAUCCAUGAAUUUAAAACGACCAGCAACACCGUACAUAACGACACGUACGAAGACGCGGAGUAUGUUCCUAUUUGUUGAGUAGUUUAAUAUUAACAUUGAUUUUGUUAAUUUGAAUUUCACCUGCACGUGAAAUAAUUAAUUUAAUUACUAUUUGAAAAUAUAUGUAUACAGCCAUGAUAUCAGA